CGACGUUAACAGGUAGCCAAAGGGAAUUGACAGCGCUGAUUGAUUUGUUAUUGAUAUCCAAGAAACCCAGAAUACCAUUGAAAGUCAUCGAUCUGGAAGGAGGGUAUCUUUCUCACGGAUUUGAUGGAUGUUUGAACGGUUGGUGAUGCCCAUUUAUAUCAUCGACCGCAAAUUUCCAGAGACACCUGGUGAGUUUCUACAGGCUGCCCCAGAGGGACAGCAGACCAUGGCUGACAACAACACUCAGAAAAAAAAGCCCCGCUGGACGUCACUGGAGAUAGGUCUCCUGACAAUUGUAUCUUUACUAUUUUUCAUUAUUGUGGCCCUAAUCCUCCUCUUCGUCACACAGAGUGGCAAAAAUGGAGUCUGUAUAACCGCUGACUGCACACAGUCAGCAUCCCGUCUUAUUGAGAACAUGGAUCCAACGGUGAACCCCUGUGACAACUUCUAUCAGUACGCCUGUGGUGGCUGGCUAAAGAAGAACAUCAUACCUGAGACCAGUUCACGUUACAGUACCUUUGACAUCCUCAGAGAUGAACUGGAGGUGGUACUCAAAGGAGUGCUAGAGAAAGAAGAGAGUGGAAGCAGUAGUUCACUGACCAAAGCCAACAUUCUCUAUAAGUCUUGCACCAAUGAAAGCCUCAUUGAACAGAGAGGUGGGACACCUCUCCUCACAAUGCUGCCAGAUGUCUUUGAGUGGCCUAUAGCAACAGAUGAUUGGGACACCACCUACGGAAUGAAUUGGACAGCAGAAGAUGCCAUAGCCAAACUUAAUGAGAAAUAUGGAAAGCAAGUCCUAAUUAGCUUUUUUAUUGGUACAGAUGACCGAGACUCCAAUGCACACAUCCUUCAUUUCGACCAGCCAAGUCUUGGCCUCUCCUCAAGAGACUACUAUGUGUGCACUGGGCCAUACGAGGAGGCCUGUGUGACAUAUGAGAACUUCAUGACUGACUUGGCAAAGCUUAUCCAAACUGACCGGGGUCUGAAGGUUAAUGACUCUAAUAUCAAGCAAGAGGUUGCCCGGGUAAUGAUGAUGGAAAAGGAAAUUGCUAAUGCCACAGACACACCAGAGGACAGAAACAACCCGGUUCUGCUUUAUAACAAGGUGCCUCUGGAGACCCUGAACAACAACUUCACCCUGGACUUUGAUUCCAGGGUGUUCAACUGGACGCUCUUUACUAACAAGAUCAUGGAUACAGUUGGUGUUCCUAUUAUAGACAGUGAGGAGGUUAUUGUGUACGCCCCAAAUUACUUUAAGAGGCUCAACCCUGUUCUUGCCAAGUACACAAAGAGGGACAUACAGAACUACCUGGUGUGGCGUUUUGUUAUGAAUCUGGUGGUUGGUUUAAGCAGGCAAUACAGGGAAACCAGAAAAGCUUUCAGAAAGGCUAUCUAUGGUACUACAUCUGAAGCAGCAGUUUGGAGACAGUGUGCCAUCUAUGUGAACAACAACAUGGAGAAUGCUGUGGGGAGAUUGUACGUGGAGCAAGCCUUUGCUGGAGAUAGCAAAGAUAUGUCCUGUGUGGGAUGA